AGAUAAAGAGAAAUACUGAAGUCGCAGUCUUAGGUAUACGAUUUUCACAAAUAAAAGAAAAUGAACACGCGUUUAGGAAAUGCGGUUUUAGUGAAUAAGUUAAAGGGGGACUGAUGAAGUGGGCGAAUCACCUUUGCCGCUGAAACUUGAAAGUUGAAAUGCGACCAUUACCUAUUACUUGCUUCGAAGUGGUCCAAGUCCGAAAAAACGAGAAAACGAAGGAACCCUAGAAGGCUAGAAUUUAAGAGUUUCAGAGUCAAAAUGGCGAUUGCUAGAACUGGAGCCUACGUGGAUGAUUACAUACAGUAUUCAAGCACGUUACCAGCUGAGCUGCGGAGGCUUCUGAACACAAUGAGAGAGCUCGACGAGAGAUCCCUAGCCAUGAUAAAUCAGACAAGAGAGCAGACAAAUUACUGCUUGGGAUUGCCUUCCCAAAGCUCAAGAAAAGGGAACCACGAUGAGGACGAAACGUUUGAGAAGAUUCAAAAGGAUAUCGAGGCAAACCAGGAGAGUUCCUUGAACCUCUGCACCGAGAAGGUCCUGCUAGCGCAACAAGCUUAUGACCUGAUAGAUAGCCAUAUGAAACGGCUUGAUGAAGAUCUCAACAACUUUGCAGAUGAUCUAAAACAAGAGGGUAAAAUACCACCGGAUGAACCGGCUAUCCUUCCUCCAUUGCCCAUCCCAAAAGAUGAGAAACGGAAAUCUUUCUUUGGGACACCAAAAUCAAAUAGGUUUGAUUUUAGGGACCGUGAUUGGGACCGGGACCGUGAUAAGGAUUUUGAGCUGAUGCCACCUCCACGCAGCCACUGGAAAAAUGUUCCUGCUCCAGUUGAUGUUGAUCAACCCAUCGAUCCAAAUGAACCCACCUACUGUGUCUGUCAUCAGGUAUCUUUUGGAGACAUGAUUGCCUGCGACAAUGAGAAUUGUCAAGGAGGUGAAUGGUUCCAUUACUCAUGCGUUGGGCUCACACCGGAGACAAGAUUCCAAGGGAAAUGGUAUUGCCCGACAUGCGAACCAUUAUUUCCUUUGGCUUUAUAUGGGCUGUGAAAUGCUUCUUGCUGUUGUUCUUGUUGAGGCAGGUGAAGUUGCUCCAGUUAUGCAUGAAUGUUGCUUCAGUAUUUGGAUGCUAUUGUAUUUGAUAUCUUCCCUGUGGGAACAGAAGCAGCCAAGAGUGUAAAGUUUCUGUAAAGCCAUGGUUAAUUAUGUAAAUAAUAGCCUUGUUACUGCUUCAAGCUUCUUCCCUUGGGAAUGGAUCUCUUGCUUAUAAGGUUAAAGAAACGGUUUGAUGUUCAAAA